UCUGGACCGGUCCAUCUGUGCAGGCCGAAAGUCUGUGGACGGGACUGGACUCGACCAAAGACAGAAUAGGGGGAUGGAGGCAGAAUAGAUUACCUAAAUCCGAUAGUUUGUUUUUGCAAAUCUCUCCAAUUCUCUGAAGACGGACAUGGUGAAAGUUUCUGGUGCAAAGCGAAAGUGUAUUUCCCCGACCCUUGAAAGCGGGCCUGAGACCCGGUAAUCGAUCUUGAUUUCCCUUUCCCGAUGAAAAGUUAUUUUUUUUAUUUCUCCCUUGGUUUCCGAUUUGACUUUUUUUGUGUAGAUCGUCUUCUCCCCUGCGUUCCGCUCUUGUGAAGUUAUCAUCUUGUUUCUAUUUCAUACCUAACAUUGAAAUUAUGUUUGAUUUUGCACAAAACACCUAUGUUCGAUGAUAGGGCUAGGGUUUUAUUUCAUCGAAAUUGAAAUUCCUUUUUGUUCAGAAUAAUACAUUCUCUGUACUAACACUUUAUUCAUACAUUGAAAAAUGAAUUCAUCCAUUUUUCAAUGUAUCAAGAAACUAUUAAUAGACGGUUGAUAUAGAAUCGAGGGAGUACUCCGUAUAUAAAUAUAGCCUUGUGUCCUUUUUUCUGUGACCAGCAAUUUAUCAGACGAAGAAGAAAAGGAGCUUCUGGAGGGGUUACUACAUCCCCAGACCAAAGUUACCGAUGAAGAUAAAAAAAUGUACAUGUCACGUCUACGUCCAGGUCUACAUCCUCCACCGGAUUGAUGUGGAGCCCCCUGUAUUGAAGAAGAAGCCUAAGCGUAAACGUGUUGUUCAAACAUACCUCGAAGACGAAAACGAGUUUGUUCUUGAUCCAAUUCUUGAUCGUGUGCCACUUGUUGAACCUGAGUACCUUGAAGACGAAAACGAGUAGACGUCUCUAAAUCAUUGGGUGUGUGAGUGUGUAAUGCUUAAGCUGAUGUUGUCUAAAUACGGAGAUGGAUCUUUGUUUUGGUGACCAGGAAAAAUGACCCAAACCCUUGGGAGAAGACGAGCGGGUUCACCCAAGAAGAACUACUACACAGGAACCAGCACUUGCAAUGGGCAUUGGCUGCCCUUGCUCGCUACAACAGGAGACAUUCUACUAGUUAUAAGCUUGUGGAUGUCAUCAACUGCAACGGGUUUCUUCUUCCUCGGUACAAGAUAUGGAUUCAUUGUGCUUUUGAAGCUGCAAGCGAAACCUCUUCUGUUCCAGAGCUCUUUUUUGCUGAAUUUUACAUUAACGGGAUUCAGAAGUAUCACUUUCAGAGUGUUACUCGUAUUACCCAUCGCAUCAAGACUACAUGCGAUGACUGCGAAUAUUGCAAAGGGAAGGGCAUUCCUCAUGCGGUCAACAAAUUCACCCAAGGGCAGAAGUACUAUGACGGGCCUACUUUGCGCCAAAGGUGGCUUACUUAAAAAGUUAUGUUGCUCUGGUCUCAUUCAUGUCUGGGGAAGCAAUGUCGUGUCGUGUUAAUUAUUACUUGUGCCUUUUUUCUUUUUGCAUCUCCGUUGGUGAAGGUAUGUAUUACUGUGUGCAAGCAUGUAUUGACUUUGAAUGCCCAUGGGUUUAACCAGUAUUUUUCCUAUUGGAGUAUUUCAAAAUUUCAAUUGUCAGAACACCUUAUCUAUCACUUUCAUCCGUCUUCUCGUACAUUAUGUUUGGUUUAAAGAAUUUGAAAGGAAAAAGAAAUGAAAAUGAGAGAGAAACUAAAUUUUCAUGUUCGGU